CAAGACAACAUCCACAAGCGUGGUACGAAGUAUUGAGUAGCACUGCAACAAACCCCAAACACAACACCAAACCAACCAUGUCGGCGUACACGAAAAUCCCACCCGUCCACGUCUUGCGGAGCAUUCUGCGCCGGCUCAAGGUGGAUCCGACAGAGCUGACCGCUGCCCAGCGGGAAGCCAGGCGCGGAAGCCAGAGCGCCACCGCCGCACACGUCCUCGAUCGGUACCGUGCCCACGCAACAACUCAGGACGGGGGCAGCAGCAGCAGCAAUGCCGAGCUCUCGAAACUGGCGUACGAAUACAUGGUCCUUCAGAGAGACAUUGCCGAGCGGCGGAGGCUGCAAAAGCUCGACACGGGUGCCGAGAACCAGCUGUCGCCGAAGGAAAUGAGCCGUCGCGCCGCGGCACGGGCGGGCCUGGAGCUCCCAAGCCUAAAUCCCGAUCUGAACUAAGCCAAGCCGAGCCGAGUCGCUGGGGUCUUGAGCAAAUACUUAACGUU